GCACAUCUACAGGCGGCCAAUGCAUCAUUCCGUGGAAGAGUACCACCGCCCUGCCCGUAGCUCGCCGCGUACCGCCUGUCCUCGCGCCCGCUGCGCUUCCUCCGCCGCUGCCUGCGCGUGCGCCUGCUCGGCCGCCACGAGAUCCGGCGGGACCCGCGCGAGCUCGCCCUGCGCGGCCGCGUCCCCCACCUCCCGCCUCUACGCCUGCCUCUCCUGCGCCGCCGUCUUCUGCCCCUCCCACGCUACCACGCACGCCUCCGCCUCCGCGGGCCCGGCCACCAGAUCGCCGUCGACGUCGACCGCAUCGAGCUCUUCUGUGCCGCCUGCGGGGACCAGGUCUACGAUCCCGACUUCGACCACGCCGUCUUCCUCGCCUAGUCCUCCUCGCUUCUCCCCUCCACCUCCACCUCCACCUCCUCCGCCUCCCCGGCCCUCCGCAAGCGCCGGCGCGUUGAUUACCGCGCGUGGUUGCGGACCUCGAGCAUCGCGGACGCAGAAUAGGGAGGGGACUGGACGACAGCUGUUGGGGGCGUGGCGGUUGCAGCUUUCGCAAGGGAAGAUGGAGGCGUGCGUGCAGAGGGAGAGGCGAGGCACAGGAGAUGGUCUACACUAUUGACUUAAUUGUUAGUAGAGAUUUAUAAUUCCACCCAAUUCCCUAAAAUCUCAGUAACGGCCCUCGCGAAGACGGUUGAGUGUGAGUCCGGCCGCAAUUCUUAAACCAUGGGCGAGUCGUGUGUGGUUUGGCUAGUUUUCCAUCCAUCAUGAAACUGAAGCGAACCACAGCACACAAGCGAUGAGCAAACCCAGCAAAGCUGGUGGUGGAAGCACAAGAUAACUGAAGGCAGGAAUUAAUGGGAGGGAAAUUCCACAUUGCAAGGAUGAACACCUUCCAUCUUUGCAGCCGCAUGCAUUCGGAUCCCCGCUCCUCCCCAAAUCCCCCUUGGCCCUGCAAUAAAUCUCACCUCCCCCUCGCACUCGCUGCAUUGCUCUUCGCCCGGAAAUCGUCUCGCUUACUUCGUUCCUUCUCUGCCUCUGUUGCUCCCCAGAGGUUCUUGGCUGGAAAACAUUGCAGCAGGAGAAGAGAUGGACGCAGACACCUUCCCAGUGGGGCUGCGCGUGCUCGCCGUCGACGAUGACCGCGUCUGCCUCAAGAUCCUAGAGAGGCAGCUGAAGUGUUGCAACUACAACACGACGGUGGUGACGGAUGCCCAGACGGCGCUGGACAUGCUCAGGGAGAGGAAGGACGGGAACCAGUUCGACCUGGUGAUCAGCGACGUCGUCAUGACCAAAAUGGACGGCUUCAAGCUCCUCGAGCUCAUCGGCCUGGAGAUGGAUCUCCCAGUCAUCAUGCUAUCCGCAAACAGCGAGACACAGACUAUAAUGAAAGGUAUAAAGCAUGGGGCCUGUGAUUAUAUGGUAAAGCCAGUGCGCCUCGAACAGCUUAGGGGCAUAUGGACACAUGUGGUGAAGAACAGUAAGAUUGAUCCAAGGAACAACAUCGGCAGUGACAGUGAUGAUGUUGUUCAGAAGUUGCCAUCUGGGGAUGGUGAUAAAGGUGAGAAGGUUGGAGAAACCCGCCAAAAGAAGUAUCCAAAGAAAAACAAAAAGACUGUGGAUGUUGCUGAUGAGGAUAACGAAAAAACAUCAGCCCAGAAGAAGCAAAGGGUCCAAUGGUGUGGUGAACUACAUCAGAAGUUUGUACAAGCUGUCCGUCAGAUUGGCAUUGAUAGGGCUGUUCCUAAGAAAAUAUUAGAAAUCAUGGAUGUGGAAGGCCUUACUAGAGAGAAUGUCGCCAGUCAUCUGCAGAAGUACCGAAUCUACCUUAGAAAGCUCGGUGAUGGCACACUGAGGAGUUCUAGUCCAUUUGCUGAUGAAACUGAAGCAUUUCGGAGAAACAUGAAUGUCCCAUCCUUCAUUAGCUCUUCGAGCUCAAGCAACCAUUUUGCAAAGAUGAAUUCCUCAUCACUAAUUGGAACGGAGACAUUGCUACCCACAGAGUCAGUUUAUAUCAUGAGCCCCCAGAAAAACUUGGGCAUUUCUCGGUCAAACAUGGAACCAGUUAGCCAUGGUGUUAACUUACCCAAAGAUGUUAUUCCUAUGCCAGUGCAGGAUAUUAGCAGAUUCAUUUCUUCUGGCAAGUCCUAUGCACCUGUAUGGAGUGAUGGGCUGCUAGGUAGAAGCCAGUGCUUCCCUUCUGGUCCUUCUGGCAGCUCCUUUGCAAAUAUUUCAAAUAGUGUGGUGUUGAACGCAAGCAAACCUUUCUCUGUUGAUAUUUCUGGGAGAUCAUUAGCAAAUGGCUCAAAUGACAGGCCACCAUUGACCUCGAACAUGUGCUUUUCUUCGUCUCAUUCUUGCAGCUCCUAUGCGAGCAUAUUGGGUGGCAAGAUUUUGGGAUCAAGCAGACGUAUUCCUUUCGAAGACAUAGCAGAUGGUGAGAUGUUGGCUCCUGGUAAUUUACCAUUGCAGUCUCCUCAGUUGGUGAAACAGCCUUCUUCUGCUGGCCUAUUUAACGAGGUUGCCAGAGACGUUCACCAAUUUGCAGGACUUAGCAACUCCUGGAAAGUUGCUGUGCCGCCAAGGUUUUCUGAUCUUGGUCAUAAUGUUGGAACAUCUGAAGGUCAUUCGCAGGGUAACAUUUUCAAGAUCAACCGGUUGUCAAGACUUGCACGCUCCUCUGCACAGAUUCCAACGUUCAGAAAUGAGUAUCAGAAGAAAACCACAGGAAUCAUGGGGAAAGCCGUACCAGUGGUAGGUUUCAGAGAGCAGGUGGCACCAUUCAGCUUUGAAAACAACACACGCUCUACAGUGACGCUGAUAGGCAAUUCUGCUUUGUCUAGUUCUUCAAGCACCAGACCUGGCCUUAACAUCAACAAUUCUGCCAUGCUGACCCAGGUGCUGAAUGGCGGUGGUGCAAAUGACAACCUCCAUGGAGUUAGCACCGUUAAUCAGCAAGCUGUUAAUGACCAAGUGAAUAACGAAUUCUUCAUGGGAACAAAUGAGGCACAUAAUGCGGAGAGUGAUGAUUUGGAUGAUUUCCUUGCGUACUUAGUUAAUCAAGAUUUCAUCAACAAUGGUGAUUCUUUCAUUGACAGGGACUGAGAAUCUGCCCCUUGACUCUGGAAGAGAGAUGCUGCUGACCAAUUCAUGGUUCUUGCAUGUUGUAUGAACAAAUUUGCACUGUUUGUAGUAGGCUAGCUAGGAGCAGGCCAUCUUGGAUGGAAUCCCCAUGUUUCUCUAGUGUAGUCAUGCUGGUUCUCUUAUGUAUCAGUUGUAGCUUUUAACCUGUGGUGUUCAGUUUGGUGGGAGGUGUGGGUGCCACCCCUGCCAAACUCAGAACUAUGUGUUCCUCUUUGGCUUGAAUUUUGGUGGUCACUUUUAGUUUUAUGUAAAACAACCUACUCUCUCAUAGUCCUUCGGAUGCAUGGGGAUCAUAAAGGAUUGAGGAGGAUUAAAUCUCUUCCUAUUCAAAAUUAAGUAGGAAGGAAUUUAAUCCACUCCAAUCCCUCUCAAUCCACCCCUAACCGAACAAGGCCUUAGGGGUCUUUUGUUAAGUGUGAUCAUAGACAAAGUUAUGUCAGUUAGAUCCAGUGGUAUGAUUUUCAUGAACUAUUUGAACUGUUGUAUUUCAUCAGUUUUGAAUCAAUGAAAUGCUGCUAUCUCUUGAAAUUAUAUUGAUAGCCCAUAUUUUUA